AUGCCUCACCAACACUCCAAAAAACAUCGACAUUCAGGCCGAAGCAGUUCGCGCUCCAAAAGAGGUCAGUCAAGUUUUUUUUUCAUUUUUCAUUUUGAAAAAAAAUCCUGGAGCUAAACAUUUAGCGGGCUCUUCGACAAAUAUCGGGUUUCCACGAGAAAAUUGUCUCUUUUUACACAAUUUUUCGUGAUUUUCUUAGUUUUUUUCGGGCAAGAAAUACAAAUUUCAUUUUUUCCUUGUUGUUUUUUUUGAAAAAACUUAGCUUUUAGGGGUACUGUAUGUAGCCUAGUUCAGCAGAUUUUCUCUAAUGACUCAUCAAAUAUGCACUUCACGGAAUGAUCAAGUAGCCUAAUGUCAACAAUUUGUGAUCAUUUAUUCCUAGUAUUUAAGUAGAGUACAGUACUCAAAAAACUUUAUUUAAAACUUUGUAGAUCAAAUAUUUUUGUGGUAGAUCAAAUUUUUUUAAUAUUCAAUUUCAAAAAAUAACAAAAAUAUUAUUUUUUUCAAAUAUUUACCUCUCUCUAUCUCCCUGUUUUCACAAAACAGAAAGAAAAAGCUAAUCUUAGAUAGAUCAAGUGUUGUUUAUGAGUGGUUUUUGGGAGAAAGAGCGGGCAGAGGGGUCAUAAAUUGAUUGGCGGGAAAACAAAACAUAUACACCCAUAGUGGUGAGGAAGAGCAGACGCCUUUGCACUUUUUUUUUGCUUCACGUUGGUUUUUUUCUUUUUUGCUUUUCUGGUUGUUGUCAGUGAGAGUGAGAUUAGUGACUUUUUUGGAAGAGAGUUUUUGGUUUUUUUAGUGAAGUGGGUUCAAAAAUUGAAAGCGGUUGAGAUUUUUUUUUCUGAAAAAAAAGUUAACAUUGUAAUUAUGCUAGUGAUUUUGAGUUCUGAUUUAAUGUAGUUUUUUUUAAUUCUGAAGUUUCAGCCCCUUUAGAAGAUGAUCUCUGAUCUGAAAUUUUUGAACUUAAAAAAGUAGAUCAAAGUGUGUUUUUUCUAGGCUCUCUAGGCUCUCUAAACUCUCUAGAGCCUUGGAAAACUUUCAAAAAUCUCUGAUUUCAUCAUGUUCUGUUCUCCGAGUUAAAAACUGGAAACAAUUGUUAUUGCAAGCCAAGAGGCACAAAAAAAAUGAAUCGUCCAAAAUCAAAAAAUCUUUUUCAUUUUUUUCUGGUUGAACACAUGUUUCUUUUAGGCUUUUUUCUUUCAUUUUUCUACUGUUACUAGAAAUUUUAUCGGUUUUUUUUGCUUUAGAAUCUUCCUUUUUCUCAAGGGAUCUAGAUAUUUCCAAUGGUGAAACAAAAAAAAAAAAUUUUUUUUUAGAACAAAAAAUCAUGUCUAAUUUUUCUCUGUUUCCCGAGGCGUUGAAAAUCAAAUUAUGUAUCUAAAAAAUCUUGUGUAUUCUUCUUCCUUGACUCUAAAAUUGUCCUGUUUUCAUUUUUUUUUCAAAAAAAAAAAACAAAUUCAAAACACAGGGAGGUCCAUAAUUAACAAAGACCACCAUGUGUUUUUCCAAGAAAAUAUGGCGUUUAUUAUUUAUGAAUCCAGAUUUUUUUAGGCUAUGUAUCUCAAAGAAUAAAAAAUGAAUUUUUUUCUUGGAAUAAAAACAUAAGGUCAAUAAUUCUCUAUUCUCGAGACCUUUUUAUGAAUAAGAAAAAUAUUCUUGGCGUUUUUUUUUCUAUUAUGAGAAAAUUCUUGGAAUCUCCAAAAUAAAAAUAAAAGACUUCCUCUAUAUAUUUUUCUAUCAAAAGGUCAGAUGUUUCAAUUUCAAUGUCUUUUGUUUUUCUUUGCAAACACCACAACAUAAGAAGCGAGAAAAAACAACACAUACAAAACGACGCUCGUUUUCAACAUAAUUGAUGAUGAUUUUCGUAUGUGUGUGUAUGUGUGUGUCUCUUUUUUCUUGCUCUUCCUUUUUUUUGGGAUGGAAAAGUAGAUGUGUGACAAAAAAGAAGAUACUUUUAAUAGUUUCGGUGUAGUUUCUCGAUCUUAUUUAUUCCUUCAGGAUUUUUCUCGCCUCUUUUUUUCUUGUUCUUUGAUAUAAUCUAGGGAAGGUUUUUGAAGAGGUUUACAGAACGUUUAAUAAGAUUUUUAGAAGCCCGGGAGAAUUUCAAGAAGUCUUUCUGAAUCUGUCAAAAAUUCUAGAAGGGUACUGAUAGUUCCUAAAUUUAUUUUGAAGCCGGGAAACCCCCAGAAAAUUCGACAUUGAGAAACUGUUUUGAAGUUAGUAAAAGUCCGGAUAAAAUUCUUAAACUUUAUUUUUCUGGUACUAUUUUUAGCCCAUGUAAUAUUAAAAAUAAUAGUUUGAAAAUUUGUAUUGCUCAUGUUAGAAAAUAUUUUUUCAUUAUUUUUUUAAUUUUUCACCAGGGAAAAAUGUUUUACAAGUUUUUGAAAAAAGAUUUUUUUUUAAAUUCAGUUACUGUAAAUAACAAUGUUCAUCUCAUAACAUUUUUGGCAACAUUCUGAACCUAUUCAAUAUUCCAAAAACGCGUGAUGUCCUUUUCCUGAACCCCUAUCCCCAUUUAAUUUUUCAAAGAAUUCCCAAAAUGUUAUUCAACACGGAAGAGUCAUUCUAAUUAGUAGGCACUUUGUGUUUUUCAUGUAAAAAAAAGUAAUUCCAAACUUUUUUUCUCACUCAUCCCUCACAUUCGCAAAAAAUUGCCUCUCAACAACUUUCAAAAGUCCACUCAUUUAUCCUUCAAAAAGUGUCAUAACCACAAAAUUCCCCUUUUCUUCAAUUCUUUUUUUUCACAAAAAUUGUGUGUUUUUGCCGUCUUCUCGACUCAUCAAAACAGAAAAGCUAUAAAGAAGCGGCGAAAAAAAACUGAUUGUAAUAUAGCUAUCUGAUUUGAAAUGAUGAAAAGCAAAAAAUAGCGGGCAAUUUUUUCAGAGUCAUCAAGGAGAAGAGAAAUAAGAGGAGAAACACCACCUGGUGAAGAGGACGACGAACAUCGAAUGGAGCUCAUUGACAAAACAGUUGAGCUGAGAGGCAGUCAGAUACUCAACAUGAAUUCUUAUCAUGCAAUUGUUUGGCGGAGGAGGUUUAUGGCGUUUGCGACGCUUUUGGCGUGGGUGAGUAUAGGGGUUCCAGCCUUCUGAAGAUGUCAUGAUGUCUAGGGGUGGCGCCUUGAGGAGCAACUUUUCUGACAAGCAUCCACUCCUUGACAACUCGUUUUUGAGUUGUCUAGCAUUUGCGUCUCUAGAAGAUACUUAUUAUGAUGUCUAGGGGUUGCGCCUUGAGGAGCAACUUUUCUGACAAGCAUCCACUCUUUGACAACUAGGUUUUGAGUUUUCUAGCAUUUGCGCCUUUAGAAGAAGGUAUGGUGUCUAGGGGUGGCGCCUUGAGAAGCAACUUUUCUGACAAGCAUCCACUCCUUGACAACUAGUUUUUUUCCAGAUCGGCGUCGGAAUUUACAGCAUCGCAGUAGCAACAUCUCACUGGCAGCAUAUCUCCUUUUGGAACUCACAUUCUCAAAAAGUUCACGUUGAUCUCGGUGUUUGGGGUGAAUGGAGAACUAUUGAUAUAUGGAGUGGUCCAAAAGUGGUAUAUCAAGGUAAAUUUUUUUCUCGAGAAAAAAUACUCUUCAGAUUUUUUAUCACCAAUAUCAAAACAAUUAAAGACACCUGUCAUGACAAUAACAAAGUCGUUGAUAGAUGAAAAAUCACAUUUCAUGUAUUGAUUGAAAAAUACGAAACGGUAUAUUUUUCAGUCGAUUGGAUUCCACAUUUCCCAACACCUGAAAACAUUCCACGAUUAUCAGAAGCUGAUUUGAAAAGUAAGUUUUUUUCUGAAAAUGAAUUUUCAAAAAAUCCAAAUUUUCAGAUUAUUAUUACUCGCAAAUUUUCAUGGUAGCUAUUGCACUAGUUUUGUACAUCGGAACCAAUUUGCUAGCAAUUUACACAUUUUAUCAUCAUCGUUAUAUGUACAAAAGAGUUGUUGCUUGUCUUUGGAUUGUUGUUGGUGAGUUUUUUUUUCAAAUUUUUUUGAAAAGCAUAUUGAAAAUUGAGAAGCAUUCUCUGAAUUUAAAUAUUCCAAAAACUUGCUGUGAGGUUGAAAAAUCAAGGGAUCAAACACUUAAUUUUUAUAUUCCGAUCAAAAUUUCCGAAUAUCGAAAAUUAGGAAAAAAAAUUGAGCUCUAGAAUUUCAGACAGCGAAAAAAACGUUUUUAUAAAACAAUUUCCAGCAAUGUGCAUCUACGCAACCAUUGAAAUUGUCGCCAGCACUAUUGAAGAAUGGAAAACCGAUAUGAGAAACAAGGAACGAGAAAUCAACUUCACCUCCGAAGCUAACCGAUCUUCCGGUUAUUCAACGCGUUUAGCUCAAGUCACAAUGGGGAUUUGCGUGUUUGGAGCGAUUUGUUUUGCUCUUGGCUCACAUAAACAAAAGGGAGAAAAUGCUGCGACUGCUGAACUUGAAAUUGAAGAUCGAGAAUAUCAUAUUGGACGAUAA